AUGUCCGACUCUGAACUCUCCGAGGCUUCGGCCACGCCUCUCCCGCCCGAUCACGAACUCGAGAAGAGUCUACGCCGCGAAGUGGUCAAGGCGCAGAAAGACGGGGUGGACUUUUCCUACAACUACAUCCGCGCAGCUUCGGAGAAGAGUCUAGGUUUGGCUCAAGGCUUCUACAAGAGCCACUCGGAUUGGAAACAGCGGAGUAAAGAAGUGAUAGACACGCAAUUGGAGGAGGAGACAGAGGAAGAACCACAGAGUUCGCCUCCCAAACCGACCAAAUCCAAGCCUGCCCCGAAGCCCAAAGCCAAGUCCCAACCCAAGCAAAAGGAACCACCAGCACAGCUUCCGAAAAAGCGCGCUUCAGCAGAGAAAGAGCCGGUGCCCAGGAAAAGACAGAAAACAGCCGACAAGGACAGCGACAGCGAUGAUUCGGAAGAUCUGUCUUCGUCUUUGAGCGAUCUCGACUCCGAAACGGACCAGGAACCACCCAAGAAGAAGCAGACGCAACGCAAACCCGGCGAGAAACCGGGCGCGACCAAACCGAAACCGAAGCCGACCAAAAAGGCAAAGGCUGCCAAGUCAAAGUCUGAUGAAGAGGAGGACGAGGAUGUUGACGAAGCAAAUGAGGCUUCGUCAGACGUUGGUGAUGGGGAUGCAGAUGGAGCACGUCCAGCGGCGGCCGACGACGCCGAAGAUGGUUCUGAAAGCGAGUUAUCGGUCCUCCUAGACGAGGCUCCUGCGCCGACAAAGAAUCGGAAACCGAAAAGCCCUUCGCAAUCAGGCCAGAAAUCCAAAGCGAAAAAGCCGGCGGCCAAAGGUAAAGCCGAUGCAGACGCAGACCCCGACCAAGUCGAGAUCAAACGUCUUCAAGGCUGGCUGGUCAAAUGCGGCAUUCGCAAGCUGUGGGGCAAAGAGCUCAAGCCGUACGAGACGCCCAAGGCCAAGAUCAAACAUCUCAAGGAGAUGCUGGCGGAUGUCGGCAUGACGGGCCGCUAUUCGAUCGAAAAGGCCAACCAGAUCAGAGAGGCGCGGGAGUUGGCCGCAGACAUUGAAGCGGUGCAGGAAGGUGCUGAGCGAUGGGGUGCUGAUGAGGACGGCAGCCAGGAUGAGAAGCAGGCUGGCCGUGGUGCUGGCGCGGGUGCGGGUGCAGCUCCCCGACGGCUGGUGAGAGGUGCAAAGAAUUAUGAUUUUCUGAGCAGUGAUGGUGAAGAGACUGAUUGA